AUGUCUUUUGAAAAUAUUCAAUAUGACUAUCCCGAGGUUCUGCAAGAACAAGAUGUUGAUUGUGGAUAUGAAAAUAGUGAUUCGACACCUUUUGAAGAAUCGUCUAGGUCGACAGACAAUGAAGAAAUACAAGAAGAAGAGUCUGUUUCACUAUCUAUCAAACAAGAAAAUCCUUCGAUGAUUAAUAGUACACAUAUCGAAGAUAUGAUUAAGCAAUUAGUCAAUAGAAGUUUAGAUGUUGAUGAUUUACCUAGACUUGAAGUUUGCCUGAUUGAUAAU